AUGACUAAACUAUUUAUUGUUCGAGUUGCGCCACUAAUUUUAAUAGUGAUAGUAGUAUGCCUAUUUGAAUAUAAAUAUGUUCAUUGUGUCGAUUUUAAUAUAAGUAAUACCGGGAACGCCACAGAUAUGGAGAUAGUUGAUUUACUGUAUUGUAGUAAUAGGCGUUGUGUUGACUUUGGUGAAAGAUGCGAUGAUCAAUUUCCAUUUUCUGGUCCAAUGUGUUAUCAACCUUAUCGAUGUGUAAAUAAAACAUGUGCAAAUCCAUUGACAUUGGGAGAUCCUUGCAAUAUUAAUUCGGAUUGUGAUCAAGCCAAAGGUCAGUUUUGUGUUUACUAUUUUGGCGAUGGAUUGAAAAUCUGUAGGAUUGCCAACUAUGCACAGUUUGGAGAAUCUUGCUCGGUGGAUUAUGAGUGUAUGAUGGGUCUCGAUUGCUUUCCAGGUCCUAAUGGCACCAAGGUUUGUUCUACACCUGUAACUGGAUGCAUAAAUGAUGGUCAAUGCGAUCAAAGUUCUGUUUGUAAUUUUACUCGUGUUGAUGACGAGGGACCGGUUGGUGAGUGUGUAAAACUAAAUCUCACCUCUGACCAAUGUACACUCUUUUCAACAAUUGGAGAUUGCGCAAAUGCAUAUUGUACACCGAUUGCAAACGGUUCGAAUAUUGGAAUAUGUACAACCAACCCCAAAUUAGGUGAUCUAUGUAUAACCAGUAGAAUCACUUGUAAUACACUUGCGAAUCAUUAUUGUCAGAACUUUCCAGGAUCAGUUUAUGGUACAUGUCAAAUCUUACCAAAACCUUCUUUUAGAGUUUGUUACAAUGUAGGUGAUUGUGAACCCUAUGAAUUUUGUAGAUGCGACACAAAAGCUUCGAUUGGUUAUUGUACAACCAGGGGACAGGUUGUUGGGUCAAACUGUCAGGAUUCAUUAAAUGUAAAUAUUUUUGAAUAUAACAGCUAUCAAAUUAUUUAA